GUUCCCGAACGCGUCCGAUCGCCAGCAGAGAGAUCGCGUCGCGAGACGCGAAGGCGUCCGACGGUGUCGCGGGUGUCGUACACGUCGUAUCCCCGUUGAUCGUAGACCGUAGACCGGGGUUAGGGAGUGACGUAAGCGGGGGGAGGGAAACAAACACAGCCUACGGUGGAUUGUGGAAUUCGUGUCGUUCUCUCAGUUCUCUGGCGCGGAACAGUUCUGCCCGUCGCCCGAGAAAAGACCUGGCCGACGUAAAUGUCUCGGUUGGUAACGAGACUUCUGGACCGAGAGCUGGAGGAUGGUCUGAGGAGGGAAGGCGCCGAGAGUCUCGCGGCCGAGCACCACCACCCGUCACGAGAGAUGUUGGGCGACGUGGCGAUGGACGCGAACGGGAACGGCAAGCGUGAUCCUCUCCAAGGGAGACAACUCCCGCCCAUCCAUACCUACUUCUCGCGGGUCGCGGCCAGCAACGACGAAAGCAACAGAACUACGGAUCUAGAGUUUGUUUAUGAUGACACUGACAUACACGCUAAUGAAAUCGCUGAGUUGUAUAGUUAUACGGAGCAAUAUGAGUUGCAGCUUAAUCUUAAGGCAUUUGAGGAUCAGAUGGAAUGGUACAAUUUACGGCCGUGGUGGCAAAACUUGACGAGACCGCAACAGAGAUCAAUAAUCUACAAGUUACUGGAUCAACUGGAAGUUUCCAAUAAACAACUCAGGAUGAAAGCGGCGCGUUGUAUUCUUUAUUUAGCUCAGGGUUGUUGGGCUGAGGUACAGUCUGACAAGGAACAACAAGACUGGACUAGAACAAACGUAAUGUUACUCUACGAAGCUGGCAUUUUUCCAGCGUUUGUUGAACUGCUGAACAUUGAGAUUGAAAAUAGCACAACUGCUACCUCAGCGAUGAGAAAGCUAGCUGUUAGCCUCGCUGAUUCGAUAGACUUAAGAGUCAUUCUGUCCGUUUUGUAUAUUAUAACAGAAGUUAUGAGAGAGGAAUUAAAAAAUAUCGAGCACAGUGAAUACAAAGACAAUGUUGAAGGAUUUAAAGAAGAUCUUGUAAAUCCAUAUGGAGAAGAAUUACUGAUUGUUAAACUUCUCGGCAUGGUGACGUGUUUCUGCAGCGGCUCGGCACCACAUUUUCCUAUGAAAAAAGUUCUCUUACUUCUGUGGAAGUUAAUCCUAGUCUCUCUUGGCGGCAUCGACGCACUCAGAGAGUUAAAGAAGCAGUAUCGUGAGGAGGCGGGGCUCGAUACGCUACAGGAAGACACUAUCGAAGUCGCUAGGACGAUGAGAGCAAGCUCUCCGCCUAUGAGCGCAGCAGAUUUGUUAGAAACGCAAAAUCAGAAAAGGAACAAUCGACCUUUUCGACGGAGUUUGAUGAAACAAAGCUCGUUAGAUGAUCCAGGUUUAGGUAUGGAAUACGAAGGAGGAGAACCUCCAAAUAAUACUACAGCAAAUGAAGGAGACGGUGAACUGAUUGUAUUCCUGGGUCCUGGUGGACCUGGCGGCUGGAAUCAAUCGUAUUACGAAGAUCAGAAUAAUCAGUCACAAUUAAGGCCAGGUACUCCACAACUUAUAAAGGGAAAAGGUUUACCAUGGACACCCAAAGUAAGGCAAAAGGACGUGGACAGCUUUCUUGAAGUUGCCAGAAUGAAGUUUGUCGGUUACAAAUUACAAGGAGAUAGAGAGAGUUUAGCGGGUUUACCGCAACCAAUCCACGAAGGCGUCACUACCCUUAAAAAGCACAUGUAUACAUCACUAGCAGAAAUUCAGAUUAGGAAGGAAGAAGAGAUAGCAAGAAAUCCAAUGAGUACUCUAGAACCACCGCUUCGUCAAACACCAACGGAAAUUCUUUAUCAAGCUAUAUUACCAAAUUUGCCGCAAUAUAUGAUUGCUUUACUGAAAAUAUUACUUGCUGCUGCACCGACAAGCAAAGCUAAAACAGACAGCAUUAAUAUCUUGGCCGAUGUGUUGCCAGAGGAGAUGCCAAUGACGGUGUUGCAAUCAAUGAAAUUAGGAAUCGAUGUUAACCGACAUAAGGAGAUUAUUGUUAAAGCCGUUUCUGCAAUUUUAUUACUGUUGCUCAAACAUUUCAAACUGAAUCACGUAUACCAAUUCGAAUUUAUGUCACAGCAUUUAGUAUUUGCGAAUUGCAUACCUCUCGUAUUGAAGUUUUUAAAUCAGAACAUUAUAGCAUACAUUGAAGCGAAGAAUGUUAUUCCUAUUUUGGACUUUCCCAUGUGUGUCAUUGGCGAUCAGCCGGAGUUAACUACGGAAAGUCUCGAAAUCGGCCAUAGUCAGUCUUUCUCAUGGAGAAAUGUUUUCUCUUGUAUUAAUUUAUUAAGAAUUUUGAACAAAUUAACCAAGUGGAAACACAGUAGGAUAAUGAUGUUAGUCGUUUUUAAAUCAGCACCUAUUUUAAAACGCACGUUAAAAGUCAGGCAUGCAAUGAUGCAAUUAUACGUUUUAAAGUUAUUGAAAAUGCAGACGAAGUAUCUCGGUCGGCAGUGGAGAAAGACAAACAUGAAAACUAUUAGUGUCAUUUAUGCGAAGGUUCGACAUCGCUUAAAUGACGAUUGGGCGUACGGCAAUGAUUUAGAAGCACGGCCGUGGGAUUUCCAAGUUGAAGAAUGCGAGCUACGUACUUGCGUUGAUCAGUUCAAUAAUCGAAGAUAUUCGAAUGUUCCGAGAGACGAGGAAAUGGAACCAGUCGACGCGUCAGUAACGUCCGUGCUCGGUGCAAAUGUGGAAUUGACCGAGGAGUUCAAGCAACAUUACGAAUUAUGGUUGCAACAGGAGGUGUUUCAGAGGAGUAUCAAUUGGGAUGAAUUGUUGGAUCCUGCGGCGUGUGAAAUCUAAAUUUCAUAUAAGUAUAAAGCGCAUGUGAAUCGUAUUUUCCUUAAAUCAUAGACUUGAAUGAAAUUGCGACAUUUUUACGAAUUACAAAACUUGUGAGAAGUGUUCAAGCGAAAAAACAUUGCCAUAUCGACACUGCAAAAAUUUCCAAGUUGCAUUUGAUAUCGCGAUGAACGGUUCUAAUUUAGGGAAUGUUUAACAAAGAGACUUUCUGAUGAAACGCGUAAAAUAUUUCAAAUUUCUUUCGUAUUUAAUUUGUGCAAUGCAAUAUAGUGGCUUAUAGUCAUUUUCUAUCAUUAUAGGCAACCAAUUUUUAAUAAAUGUAUAAUUUUUUCUUUUAUA